AUGGGUAGCGAUGAUAUACAGCAUGUAUGUAUACUGUACGUCCACUUCUGGCCCGACAUAUGGCCAUUCAUGAUAGAGAUAAACAAAGCACACAAGUGCUACGGCAGGGCGAUUGCUCGCAAGGAGCAGCAGCAGGACGAUUGCUCACAGAGAGCAGAGGCAGGGCGGAGGCAGGGCGGAGGCAGGGUGAUUGCUCGCAGGGAGCAGCAGCAGGGCGAUUGCUCACAGGGAGCAGCGGCAGGGGAGCAGCGGCAGAGCGAUUGCUCACAGAGAGCAGAGGCAGGGCGGAGGCAGGGCGGAGGCAGGGCGAUUGCUCGCAGGGAGCAGCAGCAGGGCGAUUGCUCGCAGAGCGCAAAGAUCAAAGCCUGGAGGCCAAUGAAUGCUGAGUUCACUGAAAAUCAGACACUCAUAACAACCACUCUGCUCUUGGCCAUCAUCACUAGAUGA